AAAGACCAAUUCCCACCGUCUGCGUCUCGGUCGAACAAAGAAUCCUUCAACUUCCUAUGGGCACAAUUCUGCAGAAUUUUCGUAAGAUUUUUUUUUAUAUUUUACAAGAUAAGCAUGAGACUCGUUCUUGGUAAUUAAAAAAGGCGACUUUGAGGAACGAGACUGGUUCGCGAGUUGACGAACACAUCCUAAUACUAUAUAAUGCUCCUGAUGGCAUUUCCUUCACCACAUCAAAAAUCCUCAAAUUAUUUCAGAUUUCAGGCAAUUGCCAUACAAAACAGUAUUGUUAGGGCAUCUGCUUUCUCGCAUAAAAAAUCUUCAAAAAGAUUUCAGGCAAUUGCCUUACAACACAAUAUUGUUUGGGCUUCUGCUUCACCACAUCAAAGAUCUUCGAAAAUAUUUCAGGCGGUUGCCAUACAAAACAAUCUUCCUUCCCUUGACAAGAUGGAGGGAAAGCAGAGUAUAAAAGGUUUUGUUGUAGUCCAGAAGAAAAAUGUGUUGGAUUUGAACGAUUUCCAUGCCGGAAUCGUGGACAAUAUCAGUGAGCUGCUCGGAAAAGUAGUCUCUGUUACGCUUGUGGGCACCCCUCAUGGCAAUUCUGUCAAUGCCAGUGCAAAGUUGAGCGAGCCUGCUUACUUGCAGAACUGGAGGAGUAUUCACGUAGGGGCCGUCGCUGGGAAGACCACAUAUCCAGUGGAGUUCAAAUGGCACUCCGACAUGGGAACCCCUGCAGCUUUCUAUAUAAAAAAUACUCAUAGACAUGAGUUUUUCCUAAAUUCACUCACUCUUGAAGUUCCCGGUCAGGGCAAUGUCCAUUUUGUCUGUAAUUCUUGGGUGUAUCCUGCAUCUCGUUAUAAAAAAGACCGAAUCUUUUUCUCCAACAGGACAUAUCUCCCUUCUGAGACUCCUCUGGCUCUGCUGAAAUUGAGGAAUGAGGAGCUGAUAAGCCUGAGAGGUGAUGGAACAGGGGAAAGAGAAGAGUGGGACAGAUUGUAUGAUUAUGAUGUGUACAAUGAUCUGGGAAACCCAGACAAAGAUGAGGAACACAGUCGUCAAGUGUUGGGAGGAUCUAAAGAUUUUCCCUACCCCAGGAGGGGAAGAACAGGCCGCCCCCCUACAGAGACAGAUCCGGCAUCUGAAAGCAGACUGUCAAUAUUCUCUAGCCUAAACAUCUUUGUGCCGCGAGAUGAACGAUUUGGGCAUUUGAAACUGUCUGAUUUUCUAGCCUACGCCAUUAAGUCCUUGGGACAAUUUCUACAGCCUGAACUCAAAGCCAUUUUCGAUUCCACCCCCAAUGAGUUCGAUUCCUUUGAAGACGUUCUGAAACUCUAUUCGGAUGGGAUAAAGCUGCCUGACAUCCCAGCUCUUGAUGACGCGAAGAAUCGCAUUCCUUUGGAGCUCAUAAAAGAGUUGGUUAGGACUGAUAGCGAAGGCCAAAAGCUCCUCGCGUAUCCCACACCUCAAGUCAUCUCCAAGGACAAAUGGGCAUGGAGGAAAGAUGAGGAGUUUGCACGCGAGAUGCUCUCUGGUGUGAAUCCGGUUAUCAUACAGCGACUUCAGAGUUUCCCCCCGAAAAGUGAAUUAGAUGCCGAGAUAUAUGGGCCCCAGGAGAGCUUUAUUACAGAUUCAGAUAUAGAACAGAGCCUCGAUGGCCUCACAGUGAAGCAGGCUCUUGGGAAAAGCAAAUUAUUCAUUCUGAACCAUCACGACGUAUUCAUGCCUUACGUGAGUCGCAUAAACGCUCUAGAUUCUACCAAGAUAUAUGCUACUCGCACUAUUCUGUUCCUGAAAGAUGACGGCACAUUGAAACCUGUUGCGAUAGAGCUCAGUCUUCCCGCUUCGGAUGAUCGGCCAUACUACAGAAAAGUACUGACUCCUGCACAGGAAGGCGUUGAAGGAGCACUCUGGCAGCUUGCAAAAGCCUACGUUGCAAUGAAUGAUUCAGGAUACCAUCAGCUAAUCAGCCACUGGCUUAGAACUCACGCAGCGACAGAGCCAUUUAUAAUUGCAACAAACAGACAAUUGAGUGCUAUGCAUCCGGUUCACAAGCUACUCAGUCCCCAUUUCCGAGACACAAUGAACAUCAAUGCCUUUGCCCGCCAAAUUCUCAUAAGUGCAGGAGGCAUUCUUGAGAGAUCAGUAUUUCCUGGAAAAUACGCCAUGGAAAUGUCUGCCGUUGUCUACAAGGACUGGAGGUUUGAUGAAGAAGGAUUACCUGCCGACCUCCUCAAAAGAGGAAUGGCAGUAGAAGAUAAAGAAGCGGAACAUGGGCUGAGGCUUACGAUUGAAGACUACCCUUUUGCGGUGGACGGGCUAGAGAUAUGGUUCACCAUUGAAUCAUGGGUCAACGACUAUAUAUCAUUCUACUACAAGAAUGAUGAGGCUGUGGCAUCUGAUACAGAGCUUCAAGCAUGGUGGUAUGAAAUCAGAAACGUAGGGCACGGAGACAAGAAGGAUGAGCCAUGGUGGUACGAAAUGCAGAGCGUGCAAGAUCUUGGAAAGGCCUUAACUACCAUCAUAUGGGUUGCCUCAGCUCUGCAUGCUGCAGUCAAUUUUGGUCAGUACCCAUAUGCAGGGUACAUGCCCAAUCGGCCCACAGUGACUAGAAGGCUGAUUCCUGAAGAGGGCUCCGAAGAGUUCACAGAGCUGAAGGAGAAUCCCGAUUUGUUCCUGCUGAAAACCAUGUCAAGCCAAUUUCAGACGACGCUGGGAAUAGCCCUGAUUGAGAUCCUAUCCAGGCAUUCAACAGAUGAGGUAUAUUUAGGGCAGCGUGCAUCUCCUGAUUGGACCGAUCACGAAAGUGUGGUGGAGGCCUUUGAGCGUUUUGGGUCUCGCUUGAAACAGAUCGAAAAAAACAUUACAGAAAGAAACAAUGAUAAAAGAUUGAAGAACAGAUCAGGCCCGGCAGAGGUUUCCUAUACUCUGCUUUAUCCAAACACUUCUGAUGAGAGUGGCAAAGGAGGACUCACAGGGAAGGGAAUUCCUAACAGCGUCUCUAUUUAAUAUGCAUUUAAUAGCUCAAUUAUAAAGCCUCUAGAGGUGGCACUUAAGAAAGGCUUCUCAACCCUAAAGAUUCUGAUAUUGGCCCUAUUAUUUAACCGGCUGAUAAAACAAUUGUAACAGCAGAAAAAUAGCAGGGAUAUCUCUUUUGGAGUUAUCUCAUUCUAUGCCCCCUUUUAUUUUUUUAUUCUGAAUUUACUUUAGUUAUCUCA